AUAUAUUUCUGCUCUGCAUCGCAUUUGUAGGCACGUGUAGUACAAAAUUUUUUAAUUAUUUGACUGUACGUUUGCUGUCCAAGGCCUAGAAAUGGAGUCUGAGUCGUUUUAUGGUGUUACUCUAAGCGAGAAAGAGCCUAUCGCACAGUUCGACGUCCCAGAUAUACCAGAGGAGUAUAUCGUACAUUCCCACAAGCUCAUCAUAAAACAGAUCUCUCUCGGAUCUGAGGCAAAGACCGGCGAGUUUAACGUUGUCCAGGCCGAGACAAACGUAAAUGACGAUGGCGAAAAGAAAACUGUGAAGAUUCCCAUUGCCGUUCUUAAGGCCGGUGAGACUCGUAGCUUAAGACCAAACGUUGAAUUUCCAAACGGAUCAGUGACUUUCAAGCUGGUGCAGGGCACUGGACCCGUCUACGUAUGUGGCAAGGCGGAAAUGAACUUUGGCGAGUUUGACGACGGCCAAAUGUACGGAGAAGAGUAUUCAGAUGAAGAAGAAGAAAGCGAAGUGGAAUUUGAUGAAGAAGCUGCUCCUCAAACAAAUGGGAAGAGCAAUAAAAAGAAGUAAACCCACAAUAAACUACCAAGUAAGAAAACAAAUUAUACACACAAGGAAAUAAAUAAAAACCAACGCCGUAGAUACUAAAUAUGCUACGUUGGAUUAAGUUGGCUCGACAUUUGGGACUAUA